AUGAUCAUAACCAAUCCGAUGGGCUUCAUGAACAUGCGCAGCUCACAGGUGCUCAAGAAGAUUUCCAUUUCGGCGCCAAAGGGAAAGAUUUACGCGCUUCUCGGAGCGAGCGGUUGUGGAAAAACAACCCUUCUGAAGUGCAUCCUCGGCCAGUUGCAGCCCAAGUCGGGGUACAUUAAAAUCUUCGGUCAGAAGCCGGGCUCUCGGUUGUGUCCAGUGCCAGGGCCCGGCGUCGGCUACAUGCCUCAGGAGUUGGCCCUUUUUCCCGAGCUGACGGUCCAGGAAACGCUUCGCUACUUUGGUCAGCUCUACAAAAUGCCCACAGAGAAGAUUCAGUCGCGCAUUGAGUAUAUUGUCGACUUUCUAGGGCUGCCCGGCAGCAAUCGAAGAGUGAAGCAGCUUUCAGGUGGUCAACAGCGACGAGUUUCGCUGGCCUGUGCGCUCAUUCACCAGCCAGCGCUGAUGAUUUUGGAUGAGCCCACUGUAGGCGUCGACCCGCUGCUUCGAGUGACCAUUUGGAAGCACUUGGAGGAGUUGUGCAUCCGCGACGGCCUCACCGUCAUCCUCACCACUCACUACAUCGAAGAGGCUCGAGCCGCAGAGACGAUUGGCCUGAUGAGAAACGGCCAACUGCUGGUGCAGGCCAAUCCCGAGGUCCUGCUCGUGCAGCACAACCUCUCCACGCUGGAGCAGGUCUUUCUAAAGUUGGCCGUCAAGCAGGACGAUGAAAAGAAGUCAGGAAUAGAACUGUCGGCAUUACCGCCUCCACCGCCCCCCUCAUCAGAGCUGGUCUACUACAAAUCGGCGGAGAUCAACAACAACUUCAUUCCCAAUACGGCGAUUGUCAACUGCAAACCUCCGCCUCCUUCUGAGCCCUACCUUCACCCGAUCAUGGGCAAGAGACCAGCGUUUUUUGAUUUUUUCCGAUUCUACGCACUGCUCACCAAGAACUGCAUCAGCCUGCGUCGCUCCAUUCUGGUCACCGUUUUCUACUGCUUUCUGCCGGCGCUGCAGUUCAGUCUCUUCAUGUUCUGCUCCGGCAAGUCGCCCAGCCACAUUCCCGUGGCGGUGGUCAACGACGAGGACCCGGCCAAUAUGACGGGCAGGUUUCUUGACUUUAUGGACCCGGUGGCGAUUGUGCAGCCCCCUGGCGAUCCGUAUGUCGAGCUGCACAUCCAAGCUCUAAAGGAUGUCAAAUUUGACAUUUCAUUUAAGGUGGCUUUGCUAGGAAAGGACGAUCACGAAGUGAAAGAUGCACACUUGGAUUGGACCACUAAACCACUCAAACUGGCCACUGGAAAGACAGACUUUUUUCAAGGAAUCGAUAUUAAUGUGAGCAAAGUUAAGGCUAGUAAUCCGGAAGUUUUUACCGAAAACAAGUUUAAAAUCAAGUGUGAAGUAAAGUUCAUUGCCGACAAACAAGUGUUUUCUUAA